AUGGCUGAUCUGAAGUUGUUUGGAAAGAACAAGGAGCAAAUACACUCACUGGUGAAAACUGUCCAUAUUGUUAGCAAAGACAUUGGAAUGGAAUUUGGGAUAAAGAAAUGUGGAAUGCUUGUAAUGAAAAGAGGAAAGAUUGUGGAAUGUAAUGGAAUACAGCUACCUGAUGAGGAAACAAUAAAGUUCGUAGAAGAAGAUGGAUAUAAAUAUCUUGGUAUACUGGAAUUAGAUAAAAUUAUGGAAGGUGAAAUGAAGAGAAAGUUUGUAAAGGAAUACAGGCGGAGAUUAAGACUGGUGCUGAAAUCAAAACUGAAUGGCAGAAACAAAAUCAUGGCAAUGAACACUUGGGCUGUUGCGCUGCUGAGGUACGGAGCUGGUGUUUUGAAAUGGACAAAAGAUGAAAUUGCUGCAAUGGAUCGCAAAACACGUAAACUGAUGACACUGUAUGGUGCUCUUCACCCAAGAAGCGACAGUCAUCGAUUAUAUUUACCGAGAGAAAAGGGCGGAAGAGGUUUGAUCAGUUGUGAAGAGUGCAUUCGUACAAAGGAGAACAGUUUGGGAUGGUAUGUAAAAAACAGUGUGGAACCACUUUUACAACAAAUUGCAAAGACAGGUGUGAUCGAAACGGAAAGAUGCGAAAUAAAAGAAAAUUUUAAGAAGAAAGCUACAGAAAGCCUGGAUUUACAAGAAAAUGUAUGGACAAUAUAACAGAGAUUUAGGUAAAGAAGUGGAUAGGGAGAAGACAUGGUGGUGACUGAAGAAAGGAGACUUGAAACCUGAGACUGAAGCACUUCUGUGAGCUGCACAAGAACAAGAUCUUAGAACUGUUGAGUCUCCACUCUGUAGACUUUGUGGGGAAAAGGGAGAGCAUAUAACACACUUGAUAAGUGAAUGCAAAAAGCCAGCACAAAAAGAGUACAAACGAAGACAUGACAAUGUGACUCGUAUUGUACACUGGAAGCUAUGUGGUUUGUACCAACUAGAGAAAGCUGAAAAAUGGUAUGAACACCAACCAAACGGAGUAAUUAAAUCAGAUAAUGUAAAGAUUCUCCGGGAUUUUAACAUACAGUGCGAUCAUGUGAUUGAAUGUCGAAGACCUGAUAUUGUAGUGGUUUUAAAGAAGGAAAAGGAAUGCAACAUCAUCGACAUCGCAGUUCCAGGGGACUGUAGAAUUGGAGGAAUUGAAAAGGGAAAUUUGGAAAAUAUGGGCAAUAAAGAAAGUAGAAGUCAUUCCAAUAGUAGUAGGUGCCUUAGGAGCAGUUAG